AUGUCAGAAACUAUUGACAGUCUUACAAAUGAUUCUGGUCUGUCCUUGAGGCUAGUGAAUGGAAACAGAUGUCAGGGCAGAGUUGAAGUGCUCUACCAAGGAUCCUAGGGCACCGUUUGUGAUGACAACUGGGAUUUGAGUGCUGCCAAUGUUGUGUGCAGGCAGCUGGGCUGUGGCUAUGCUGUGUCAGCUCCAGGAAAUGCCCGAUUUGGUCAGGGCACUGAAAGAAUUGUCUUGGCUCAUGUGUGGUGUUCUGGGUCUGAGCCCUACCUGUGGAACUGUUCCCAUAAGGGCUGGCUCUCCCACAACUGUCAGCACAGUCAGGAUGCCAGUGUCAUCUGCUCAGCUUUGGGAAUUUUGGAAAAUCCCUGAGCUUCCAAAGACUUUGCACCUGAAGAAGAAUUCACUGAAAUUGCUUCUUUCUUUGCAUCAGAUUCUGGUCUGUCUUUGAGGCUGGUGAAUGGAGGAGACAGAUGUCAGGGCAGAGUGGAAGUGCUCUACCGAGGAUCCUGGGGCACCGUUUGUGAUGACGACUGGGAUUUGAAUGACGCCAAUGUCGUGUGCAGGCAGCUGGGCUGUGGCUCUGCUGUGUCAGCUCCGGGAAGUGCCCGAUUUGGUCAGGGCCCUGGAAGCAUUGUCCUGGAUAAUGUACGGUGUUCUGGAAACGAAUACUACCUAUGGAACUGUCCCCACAAUGGGUGGCUCUCCCACAACUGUCAGCACAGUGAGGAUGCCAGUGUCAUCUGCUCAGCAGCCAGUACCUCAAGAACACCCACUAUCGAAACAACACCCUUUCCUACUACUUCGUCAUUUCUACGCCCCACAUAUGGAACAGAUUCUGGUCUGUCCUUGAGGCUGGUGAAUGGAGGAGACAGAUGUCAGGGCAGAGUGGAAGUUCUCUACCGAGGAUCCUGGGGCACAGUUUGUGAUGACGACUGGGAUUUGAAUGACGCCAAUGUCGUGUGCAGGCAGCUGGGCUGCGGCUAUGCUGUGUCAGCUCCGGGAAAUGCCCGAUUUGGUCAGGGCCCUGGAAGCAUUGUCUUGGAUAACCUGCGGUGUUCUGGAAACGAAUACUACCUAUGGAACUGUCCCCACAAUGGGUGGCUCUCCCACAACUGUCAGCACAGUGAGGAUGCCAGUGUCAUCUGCUCAGCAGCCAGUACCUCAAGAACACCCACUAUUGAAACAACUACUUCCUUUCCUACUACUUCGUCAUUUCUACGACCCACAUAUGGAACAGAUUCUGGCCUGUCCUUGAGGCUGGUGAAUGGAGGAGACAGAUGUCAGGGCCGAGUGGAAGUUCUCUACCGAGGAUCCUGGGGCACCGUUUGUGAUGACAGCUGGGAUUUGAAUGACGCCAAUGUCGUGUGCAGGCAGCUGGGCUGUGGCUCUGCUAUGUCAGCUCCGGGAAGUGCCCGAUUUGGUCAGGGCAACGGAAGCAUUGUCCUGGAUGAUGUGCGGUGUUCUGGAAACGAAUACUACCUAUGGAACUGUCCCCACAAUGGGUGGCUCUCCCACAACUGUCAGCAUAGUGAGGAUGCCAGUGUCAUCUGCUCAGCAGCCAGUACUUCAAGAACACUCACUAUUGAAACAACUACUUCCUUUCCUACUACUUCGUCAUUUCUACGACCCACAUAUGGAACAGAUUCUGGCCUGUCCUUGAGGCUGGUGAAUGGAGGAGACAGAUGUCAGGGCCGAGUGGAAGUUCUCUACCGAGGAUCCUGGGGCACCGUUUGUGAUGACAGCUGGGAUUUGAAUGACGCCAAUGUCGUGUGCAGGCAGCUGGGCUGUGGCUCUGCUAUGUCAGCUCCGGGAAGUGCCCGAUUUGGUCAGGGCAACGGAAGCAUUGUCCUGGAUGAUGUGCGGUGUUCUGGAAACGAAUACUACCUAUGGAACUGUCCCCACAAUGGGUGGCUCUCCCACAACUGUCAGCACAGUGAGGAUGCCAGUGUCAUCUGCUCAGCAGCCAGUACUUCAAGAACACUCACUAUUGGAACAACUACUUCCUUUCCUACUACUUCGUCAUUUCUACCACCCACAUAUGGAACAGAUUCUGGCCUGUCCUUGAGGCUGGUGAAUGGAGGAGACAGAUGUCAGGGCCGAGUGGAAGUUCUCUACCGAGGAUCCUGGGGCACCGUUUGUGAUGACAGCUGGGAUUUGAAUGACGCCAAUGUCGUGUGCAGGCAGCUGGGCUGUGGCUCUGCUAUGUCAGCUCCGGGAAGUGCCCGAUUUGGUCAGGGCAACGGAAGCAUUGUCCUGGAUGAUGUGCGGUGUUCUGGAAACGAAUACUACCUAUGGAACUGUCCCCACAAUGGGUGGCUCUCCCACAACUGUCAGCACAGUGAGGAUGCCAGUGUCAUCUGCUCAGCAGCCAGUACCUCAAGAACACCCACUAUUGGAACAACUACUUCCUUUCCUACUACUUCGUCAUUUCUACGACCCACAUAUGGAACAGAUUCUGGCCUGUCCUUGAGGCUGGUGAAUGGAGGAGACAGAUGUCAGGGCCGAGUGGAAGUUCUCUACCGAGGAUCCUGGGGCACCGUUUGUGAUGACAGCUGGGAUUUGAAUGACGCCAAUGUCGUGUGCAGGCAGCUGGGCUGUGGCUCUGCUAUGUCAGCUCCGGGAAGUGCCCGAUUUGGUCAGGGCAACGGAAGCAUUGUCCUGGAUGAUGUGCGGUGUUCUGGAAACGAAUACUACCUAUGGAACUGUCCCCACAAUGGGUGGCUCUCCCACAACUGUCAGCACAGUGAGGAUGCCAGUGUCAUCUGCUCAGCAGCCAGUACCUCAAGAACACCCACUAUUGAAACAACUACUUCCUUUCCUACUACUUCGUCAUUUCUACGACCCACAUAUGGAACAGAUUCUGGUCUGUCCUUGAGACUGGUGAAUGGAGGAAACAGAUGUCAGGGCAGAGUGGAAGUGCUCUACCGAGGAUCCUGGGGCACCGUUUGUGAUGACGACUGGGAUUUGAAUGACGCCAAUGUCGUGUGCAGGCAGCUGGGCUGUGGCUAUGCUGUGUCAGCUCCGGGAAGUGCCCGAUUUGGUCAGGGCAACGGAAGCAUUGUCCUGGAUGAUGUGCGGUGUUUUGGAAAUGAAUACUACCUAUGGAACUGUCCCCACAGGGGGUGGCUCUCCCACAACUGUCAGCACAGUGAGGAUGCCAGUGUCAUCUGCUCAGGUCCUUAUCCAACUCCUGUCUCCACACAGAGACCGCCUUUAACAGGUCAUUAUACAACUACUAGCUACACAGCAAACCUACCUGUGACAGCAAACUUCUCUUGUGGAGAAUUCCUUUCCCAGUCCUCGGGGACCAUUUCCAGCCCAAAUUAUCCUGGGAACUAUCCAAACAAUGCCAACUGUGUAUGGAAUAUUCAAGUCUCAAACAACUACAUUGUGACCAUAGUAUUUGAAGAUGUACAGCUGGAAGGAGGUUGUAACUACGAUUAUAUUCAAGUCUACGAUGGGCCUUAUCAGACAUCCCCACUAAUUUCACGUAUUUGUAAUGGAGAAAGAGGUACCUUUACAUCAACAUCAAACUUCAUGUCCAUUCGAUUCAUCAGUGAUAUCAGUGUCACUCGAAGAGGAUUCCGGGCUCACUACUAUUCUACACAAAACAUUAAUGGCACAACUCUAGUAUGCUUACAAGAUCAAAUGAUAGCUACCAUCAAGAAAACCUAUCUCCAGAUGCUGGGUUAUAAUUCAUUGCAUUUUCACUUGAAUAAUUCAUUCUGUUUGCCUAGGGAAAACUCAAGUGAUUUUAUAUUUGAUAUACCAUAUAAUGGCUGUGGGACAACAUCAAUGAUAAACAGUGAUACUAUCAUCUAUAGCAAUGUCCUUCUAUCAAAUCAACCUAUUCAACCAAAUAGUGUCAUCACAAGGCAUAAAGGUCUACAAUUCUAUGUUAGCUGCAAAAUGUUCAGAGACACCUGGGUGGAAACUAUGUUUAUUAGUAAUGGGACUGCCCAAAUCAAACAAAUCCAGUAUGGCAGUUUCCAUGUGAAUAUGUCUUUUUACGAAACUUCUUCUUUCUUCAAACCUGUGAAUGUUACACCAUAUAUUAUACAACUCAACCAAAAGUUGUACCUUCAAGCAGAAAUUCACUCCUCUGUUUCCAGUCUGGCAUUGUUUUUGGACUCCUGCAUAGCAUCUCCAAGUAAAAACGAUUUCACUACCUUGACUUAUGAUUUAAUCAGAAAUGGGUGUAAGAAGGACAAAACCUUUGAAUUAUAUAACUCACCCUACAACUCACCACAUCAAGUUCGUUUUGGAUUCAGGGCCUUUGCCUUUCUGGAUAAAUACCCAUCUGUUUACCUGAAGUGUAAAUUUCUGGUGUGUCAGGCCUUUGAUUAUUCUUCACGAUGCUACAGAGGAUGUGUAACAAGAUCCAAAAGAGACACAAGUCUCUAUCAGGAGAAAGUGGAUGUUGUUAUGGGGCCAUUCAAACUGAAUGCUGAUUGAGACAGAUGUCAAUGGCCGGACUGAGUGAAUCCCAGAAGGACUCUAACUCCCUUACUCUCUCUGCUGUUGUCUUCCUUGUGGUUGUGGUGUAUGUUGCUUUUAUAUUGAAGAGAAAGAAAUAUUCUUUUCUGAAGAGAUCUCUUUUACAUAAGAUGUGAAAAACAAAGUCCAUCUACUUCCCUCUGUGGCACAAUUCAUUGGAAGCCUUGCAGUCCAAGAAAAGUUAUAUUCAAGAAAUUAGUAUGAAAAAAUAUGCCCUAUGGAUUAAGUUGUGAUUUGGUUUAUAUUGGCAUAAUUGAGCUGGAGGUUGGAAUGGGGCAGGGUAGUAGUGAAUUCUCCCUGUUGUUCAGUAGGCUAGAUUUGCUUGAAACAUUAAGCAGUUUUUUUCUAAAAUUUGAAAUUUGAAAUUCUAAAAUUUGAAAAAAUCCAAUUACAAGAGAAAUUUCUCUAGAUAGGAUUCCUAACAUUUGGUCUGUAUUUGGAGAAAAAUAUUAAAAAUGUAAAAUUAGUGUAAACCCCUUAAUGAAAAUCAUAGCCUUAUUUUGAAAGACCAUGUUCUGAAUAAAAUAUCUUUGUUAAAGCAAA